CAUAUUUCAUCACAUUUUGGAUGCCCAUCUGGUUGUCAUCAGUAUCAGGAUCACUGUCUUCUUCUUCUUCCUCUGCGCCUCAUGAGGAAGAAGACGAUCAAGCAAACCAAGCUUAUUAUUUAUUAACAACAACAACAAAAAUUAAUAAUAAUAAUAAUAAUAACAAUAAUACCAAUUCCUCUACAACUUCCUGGUUCGAAAUCUCAAUCCAAAUCCGAAAUCCCCAAUAAUGCCUUCACUGAAACAUGUAGCAAAAUCUAGAGCCUUGCUCUCUCCAAUUCUCAUCCUAAUCUCCACCUCUCCAACAUCCUCUUCCUUGUCCCUCCAUCCCCACUUGUAUUACUACGCAGCAUCGUUUUCCUCGACCUCGACCAGCAGCAACACGUUCAUACGUUCUUCCUCCGAUCUUUUGGUUUCCUCCUUCAAGGACUGGUUCAAGCAACGCAACAACGCCCAUUUGGAUCAAAUCUUUGCCAUCUUAGGCACCGAGGUCGACGACGACUGGGCCUCGCGCCGCGCCGCCGACCUCGCUCUCUCCCACCUCGCGCCGCGCCUCUCCGAGGAACUCGUGUUGGAGGUUCUGAGCUACGGCAAAGACGUGCUCGCCUGCCUCAAGUUCUUCGACUGGGCGGGCCGCCAGCCUGGCUUCCACCACACCCGCGCCACCUUCAACGCCAUCUUGAAGAUCCUCUCCAAGGCUGAGCUCAUGUCCCUCAUGCUGGACUUCCUCGACAACUACAGGAGGCAGCGCUACCUUCACAGGGUUCGUUUCCACGACACUCUGGUGAUGGGUUAUGCUGUUGCGGGAAAGCCCGAGGUUGCGCUCCAACUGUUUGGUAAAAUGCGGUUUCAAGGUCUUGACUUGGAUUCUUUUGCUUAUCACGUGCUUUUGAAUGCUUUGGUGGAGGAGAGAUGUUUCGACGCGGUUGAGGUCAUUCUUAAGCAGAUUCAGAUGAGGGGUUUCGAGAAUGAGAUUACGCAUUCGAUUACGAUCAAGUGUUACUGGAAGCAGAAUCGGUUAGACAAGGCUGAGGCUUUCUUUCGUGGGUUGGUGAGUCAAGGGCGGGACACAAAUGGCCAUGUAGUGAGCGUGCUCGUGGAUGCAUUUUGUAAGAAUAAUAUGUUCGAGAAAGCAGGGAAGUUGGUGGAGGAGUUUCAGGAGUUGGGGAUGGUGCCAAUGGAGCAAGCUUAUGGAGUGUGGAUAAGGGAUCUUGCUCAGGCUGGGAGGUUGAGUGAAGCUUUGGACUUCCUGCGGAAGAAGAAGUCAUUGGAAGGGUAUGUUCCUGAAGUUUUCCGGUACAAUGUUUUGAUAUGUCGGCUUUUGAGGGAGAACCGGCUUGAGGAGGUUUUCGAUUUGCUGAUGGAAAUGAAGGAGGGUGAGAUAUGCCCUGACAAGGUCACCAUGAAUGCUGCAUUGUGUUUUUUUUGUAAAGCUGGGAUGGUGGAUGUUGCGCUUAAGGUGUACAAUUUGAGGUCUGAAUUCGCCCUCUCUCCUAAUAGGAUGGCUUAUAACUAUUUGAUAAAUACUCUGUGUGGUAAUGGAAGCAUUGAUGAAGCCUUUUCUGUGUUGAAGAAUUCUAUUGACCAAGGUUAUUUCCCUGUUAGAAGAACGUUUUCUAUACUUGCAGAUGCUUUGUGCAGACAAGGAAAGGUUGAUAAGAUGAAGGACUUGGUCCUUGUUGCCUUGGGGAAGAAUUUUAUGCCAAGCACUUCCACAUACGAUAAGUUUAUAUCUGCUUUAUGUAGGGCUAGGAGGGUAGAAGAUGGGUAUUUGAUACAUGGGGAGCUCAACAGAAUAAAUAAAGUUAGUAAAAGGAAUACUUACUUUAACUUGAUACACAGUUUUAACAAGUCGAACAGGGGAGACAUUGCAGCUAGGCUUCUAAUUGAGAUGCAAGAAAAGGGUCACGCUCCGACUCGAGCCUUGUUCAGAGCUGUUAUUCGUUGUCUGUGUGAUAUGGAUAAUCCGGAAAAGCAGUUUAUUAAAUUGUUGGAGAUGCAGUUGUCUCAACAUGAACCCGAUUGCCGGAUUUACAACUUCUUUAUUGAUGGAGCUGGGCAUGCCAAAAAGCCUGAGCUGGCUAGAGAAGUAUUUGAGAUGAUGCGGAGAAGUGGGAUUAAGCCCAAUCUGAGUUCUGACAUUCUUAUGCUGCAGAGUUAUUUAAGGAGCGAAAGAAUUUCCGAUGCUUUGAAUUUCUUUACUGAUUUGCGCCAGAGAAGAAACAUUGGGAGAAAACUAACCAAUUCCAUGAUUGUUGGUCUCUGCAAAAUGAACAAGUUGAAUAUUGCAUUGGAUUUCAUGAGGGAAACGAGGGACAAUGGCGUGGUUCCAAGCACCGAAUCUUACGAGUAUCUCAUAAAGCUGUUGUGCUCAAGUGGAGAGUAUGAUACGGUGAUAAGUCUUAUUGAUGAAUUGGAGAAAGUUGGGCGUCAGAUAACUUCUUUUAUCGGCAAUGUACUCUUGCUGCACUCUUUGAAGAGCCGAGAGCUUUAUGACACUUGGGCUCGUUGGAGGGAGUUGCAGAGUGAUAAAUCUUCUCGUACUUCAAUUCUUGGGCUGCUGAUUGGUGCAUUUUCUGGCCAAGUUAGAGUUAGCCAAGACAUUGACAACUUGGAAGAAGUGAUUGAGAAGUGCUUCCCGCUUGACAUAUACACAUACAACAUGUUGUUGAGAAGGCUAAGCAUGAGGGAGAUGGACCUUGCCUGUGAGUUGUUCGAUCGAAUGUGUCAGAGAGGGUAUGAACCUAAUCAAUGGACUUAUGAAACCUUAGUGCAUGGCUUUUUUAAACAUGGGAGGAGAGCUCAGGCUAAGAGGUGGGUAGAAGAGAUGUUCAGAAGAGGGUUUGAACCAUCCGAGCGAAUCCAGCAAUUCAUUUAGUGAGUAUUUUCGUCUAACAACUUUGCCUUUUUUUUUUUUUUUUUUUGUUGCUUUAAAAUUAAAACUUCAUUAUGAUGUCACUAGUUAAAAUUUUACAAUACAUUCUUUUGUAAGGCAAAAUUAUGUAAGUUUUUUUUAGGGUUUCUUCUUUUUUCACUUUGUACUAGAUUUUCAUUCAAGCUGGUUUCUUUGAUAUGCAACUCAAAGGCUAUUCAUUUGGCAAAAUGUACCAAAGUCUAAGGGUGUAAUGAACUGUAUUGUUCAUACAUAGCUUAAGCUUAGCUUGGGUAAGCUUGACUCGAGCUUGGUUUAUCUAAUAAAUGAGUUGAAUAAUAAUUUCGGUUUGAAAGUUAAAUGAGCCAAAUUCGUAUAAGUUCGGUUUUGCUCGAUUUAGACUCGCAAACGAAACUUGUAUAAGCUUGUUUGAGUUCAUUUAAAACUCUCUCUCUAAAACAAACACAGGAAUUGUAUAUGAAAAAACCCAUCCUCGACAAAAAAAUCCCUCUCUCUCUCUCUGAAAACCCUUCUCAGAAACUUCUCCAUUGGCUGCCAUGGGAGGUGGGAAGCAACUUCAUGCUUCCUACCUUCUCCUCCUCACCCACCCAUCUCUCUCCCCCUCUCCUAUCCUUCCUAUUCCCCUCUUUUUCUGCCUCCCUGGAGGUCCAAAGCUUGCUAGAGUUCUCUCUAGCUUCCCAUGCCUCUCUUGAGGCUUUAUCUGUCUCUCCGGAGACCUUAUCUGUCUUUUCGGAGUUGGCUUAAAC